AUGGCAAACACACAGCUAGCCGGCAAGGUCAUUGCUAUCACUGGAGCUGCUUCUGGAAUCGGCCUGGCCACAGCAAAGCUCCUGGCCAGCAGAGGGGCAAAAAUAUCCAUCGCCGAUGUUUCCCAAGAAGGCCUCGCAAAGGCGCAAAGAGACAUCGAGUCUGAACACAAAGCUGAAGUCUUUGCUUUUCCGCUGGAUGUUCGGAAAUACGACCAAGUUCUCGACUGGAUUGGGCAGACAGUAAAGCGCUUUGGCCGUCUCGACGGUGCCGCUAACUUGGCUGGUGUCAUUCCCAAGAGCAUCGGGGGUGAGCACGGCGCCAUCGAGAACCAGGACUUCGAAGAGUGGGAGUUUGUGUUUGGAGUCAACACCACGGGCCUGAUGCACUGCAUGAAGGCGCAGAUCAAGAACAUUUCCAACAACGGCAGCAUUGUCAAUGCCAGCUCCAUUGCCGGGUUGAUCGGACGAGAGAAGAAUGGCGCUUACUCGGCAAGCAAACACGCCGUGCUAGGGUUGACGCGCUCUGCGGCGAGGGAUGUUGGAGCACGAGGAAUCCGUGUAAACGCAAUCUGCCCAGGCCGGAUCGAUACACCCAUGUAUAGGGCAGCAGCAGCAGUGGCUGUGGAGUCGGGUGCUGAUAAACAAUUCGAAAAGGAGACAAUGAACGAUAUUGCACUCAAGAGAACUGGACGGCCCGAAGAAGUAGCCACGUUGAUUGCUUUCCUUCUCAGUGACGAUGCAAGUUACAUUAGUGGCAAUUCUGUCAGUGUUGAUGGUGGGUGGAAUUGCUAG